AUGACGAAAGCAGAAAUAAUUGAUGAACUAAAAGACAUUAAUGAGAUCAAAAAGGCAAUAAAAGAUGCAGAAUUAAAGACAAAAGGUCUAAAGGUUGAAAUUCUCAAGCACUAUCUGCUCAAUUAUUCACUAUAUCUCGAGGGAAAAGGAAAAGAAGCUGAAAAGAAUUUGGUACUUCUUAGACUCAAAGAAUGCACUGUCUUGUACAAGAAGCUAAUGGAAUUGGAGCAGAACUUCACAACAUGCGAUGUCAAGAGAAACGUAACCCUGAAGACAAAAAAGAGUAGAGGAACAUCACCUAAAACGAAAUAUAAAGCUAAGUUUGAGAAUCAGAAAAGGGCACUUGCUAAUGAGAUGAGUGGGCCUAAGAAGAAAUCAAAAAAUUCAAAUAAAUUUUUGGGAUGUUUUUGGAGUGUGUUGAAAACACACACAUUCUAUUCAUACAUGCUGCAAAUGAUGAAAUAG